CGCCAUCGUUCCCAAAUUUCUCAGCGAUUUUCCUCGCUUUCUCUCUCCUAGGGUUUACCCUGGUUUUUUUCAUCUCCAUCUCAGACGCAAGCUUUCCUGAAGCUCUCAAUCAACAACAAUGGCGAGAGAAGGAGACCCCUCUCUAGGGUUCCUAACUCGUAAAGAAACAGAAAUCAAGCUCGCUCGACCAACCAGAGUGAAGAACAAAACCCCAGCACCAAUUCAAAUCACCGCCGAGCAAAUCCUCCGUGAAGCUCGAGAACGCCAAGAAUCAGAAAUCCGACCACCUAAACAAAAAAUCACUGAUCCAAGUGAAUUAGCUGAUUACCGUCUCCGCAAAAGAAAAGAAUUCGAAGAUUUGAUUCGUAGAGUUCGUUGGAAUACAAGUGUUUGGAUUAAAUAUGCGAAAUGGGAAGAAUCACAGAAAGAUUUCAAACGAGCUAGAUCUGUUUGGGAAAGAGCUUUGGAAGUUGAUUACAGGAAUCAUACACUGUGGUUGAAGUAUGCUGAAGUGGAGAUGAAGAACAAGUUUAUUAAUCAUGCUCGGAAUGUAUGGGACCGUGCGGUAUCGUUGUUGCCGAGGAUUGAUCAGUUGUGGUAUAAGUAUAUACAUAUGGAGGAGAUACUUGGGAAUGUAGCUGGAGCUAGACAGAUUUUCGAGAGAUGGAUGGGUUGGAUGCCUGAUCAACAAGGUUGGUUAUCUUAUAUUAAGUUCGAACUUCGUUAUAAUGAGAUUGAUAGAGCUAGGAAUAUAUUUGCGAGGUUUGUUGAAUGUCACCCUAGAGUUAGUGCUUAUAUUAGGUUUGCGAAAUUUGAGAUGAAGAAUGGUGAGAUUGAUAGGGCAAGGAAUGUUUAUGUAACUGCUGUUGACAAAUUAGUUGAUGAUGAAGAGAGUGAACAGUUGUUUGUAGCGUUUGCUGAGUUUGAAGAGAAAUGUAAAGAAACUGAACGUGCUCGGUGUAUCUAUAAGUUUGCGUUAGAUCAUAUACCGAAAGGACGUGCAGAGGAUUUGUAUAGGAAGUUUGUAGCAUUUGAGAAGCAGUAUGGUGAUAGGGAAGGAAUUGAGGAUGCUAUUGUGGGGAAGAGGAGGUUUCAGUAUGAAGAAGAGGUUAAGAAGAAUCCGUAUAACUAUGAUUCUUGGUUUGAUUAUAUUCGUUUGGAAGAAAAUGCGGGGAGGAAGGAUAGGAUUAGGGAAAUUUAUGAGAGAGCUAUUGCUAAUGUUCCUCCUGCUGAAGAGAAACGGUAUUGGCAGCGGUAUAUAUACUUGUGGAUCAAUUAUGCUCUGUACGAAGAGCUUGAUGCCGAAGACAUGGAUCGAACAAGAGAAGUUUACAGGGAGUGUCUUAAGUUGAUUCCUCACAAGAAGUUCUCGUUUGCGAAAAUAUGGCUUAUGGCUGCACAAUUCGAGAUACGACAGAAGAAUCUCACGGCUGCAAGAAAACUCUUAGGUAAUGCAAUUGGAGUGGCGCCCAAAGACAAGAUUUUCAAGAAAUAUAUUGAGAUUGAGUUGCAACUCGGCAACAUGGAUCGCUGUCGAACCCUGUAUGCAAGGUACUUGCACUGGGCUCCAGAAAACUGUUAUGCUUGGAUCAAAUUUGCUGAAUUGGAGAUAUCUUUGGGUGAGACUGAGCGGACCAGAGCAAUUUUUGAGCUUGCAACAGAACAACAACAUUUGGAUAUGCCAGAAUUGUUGUGGAAGGCAUACAUUGAUUUCGAGAUUUCAGAGCGUGAGUAUGAAAAUACCAGGGCUCUAUAUGAGAAGCUGCUAAUUCGAACCACCCACUACAAGGUGUGGGAAAGCUACGCCAAGUUUGAGGCCUUCACUCCUAUCGAAGAGGAAGAUGAGCAAGAUGGAGAGGAAGAGAGUGAAGCCCUUAUAGAACAGAAGAAACAGUGCCUCAGUAAAGCUAGAGAGAUCUUUGAGAGAGCCCUGAAACACUACAGAGAAAAUGCACCUGAGCUGAAGGAGGAGAGAGCUAUGCUUUUGGAGCAGUGGCUAACCAUUGAGGGCCAAUUUGGCAGUGUCGGAGACAAAAGUCUAGUUGAGAAAAAGAUGCCGAAGAGGCUGAAGAAGAGGAAGGAGAUCUCUUCAGAUGAUGGUCCAACAGCUUAUGAAGAGUAUUAUGAUUACAUCUUCCCUGAAGAAACUACAGCACCAAAUAUGAAGAUAUUGGAAGCUGCUUACAAGUGGAAAAAGCAGAGGAUGGAUCCAAACGCUGACUGAUUUCUUCCUGUUACUACUGGUUUCUAGUGUUGAUGGAUAUGGACAUUGGACGGGAAGCAAAGUCGCAAGAACAAGAGAAGCGUACACAUAUUUGACAAAAGUACAUUGUAUCAUUGUGAAUGAAAUGCUGCUCUAAAAUUAUUGCAGUCCCCACUGUCUCCAUUUCUGUUUGUAAAUCUUUGGUGAUUCACUUGUAUGUAGAAUACUGUUUUGGUCCCUCAAGGGAAGGCGGCUUCCCUUUAAGUUGAGAAAGAAACAUGUCUGUUUUAUUUGUUGUGUAUGAUGUUCUCUUGAUAGAACAUCCUUUCUUGAAGUAGGAUUGCUAGUGAGGAAAGAAAACAACCUCAAGUUAUCUAUGAGUUUCACAUUUCUGC